AUGAGCGAGAGAAAGAGAAAAGCAGAUGCUCAGCAGAGCGAGAGGCCGUCCAAGAGGCCCCAGAACGCUCGAGUCCGAGUUUCUCAUUUCACCGGGCCCGACGUAGCCAGACCAGUUGUCGCUUCCUCCCCUGGUAUAACACUUCCUUCAAAAGCCAAAUUCCACUCUUUUUCCAAGAAAAACAAAUCCGACCUCCUCCUCCACUCGACCUCACACCCCACAAUAGACUUCACGGCUGUGGAAACCAGCACCAGCAAUGCGACCGAGAAGCACAUCAGACACUACCUUGCUAUCUUCGACCCUGCCACCAACGAGUUGAAGGUGACAGAUGCCAAGAAAAUGACCGUACGAAGCACCGUCCGCCAGGUUGAGCAUGCCGAAGAAGACGAGGAAGAAGGCACAUCCUCCUUCCCACCAGCGACACCUUUUUCUCGCGCAGCUCUGACCGAAGCAUUCGGAACAAAAAAGUCCAAGAAAGCCGUGGCUUCAGUGGCAGAGAAUCGUCUGCUAGCUGGUAGCGGCGAGCACGCCGACGACCCGAUCUCCAAUGCGAUCCUCUCCACAAUCAAGGACGAAGACGACGUGGCCAACAGCGUCGAGUCCGGGAACACGAACCUUUCACGGUCUAGCAAGCCUCUCCCACAAGCCGACCUCUCAGCCACCGAGAUCCGGGACGUCUAUCCUCUAUCGGCACUCGUCUUUCCAGCGCCUCCAUACACGACCCUCUCCCAAAUGCCCAUCGCCUACUGGCGGGACCACAUCAAGUCGAAGAAGGACGUCCGCUCACGCUCGCGCUUCGUCGCAAACCGCGUCCAAUACCUCACCCAAUCGUACCUCUCCAACCCGGCGGAUGAGCAUCUCCUCCUCAACCUACAACUGCUCCGCUACAUCCUCCUCCUCAUCGAGCUACAUACAUACAUCUCACGGCUCCCGCAGCGGCGACCGAUCCCCCCGCCCGACAAAUGGCCAGCCAAGACGACCUCAGACUCGAGCCUGUCAACGGCAUUCCUGAGCAAUUUGAUCGCCCGCUUCCUGCCUACCAGUCAACCAACAACACAAGCCAAGACCCUCCUCACAACCACCAUCCUCGCGCUCACACUCCACAUUCCCCCGCCCAGGUUCCAGCACGGCUCGAAAAUCCUCAUCACGGAGCCCACAGACAUCGCGCUCGACCUAGCAUUACAGUCAACCGAGGUCUCCAAGCUCUUCCGCGAGCUAGGUUGCAAGCUAGAGAGCGUCAGCGACGGAGACCUGCGGGCCUGGGGCCUGGAGAAGGUGGUCGGCAAGGCCGGCAGGAAGAUCACGGAUGAGGACGGCAAGGAGAUCACGCUGCCCAGACCCAAGUUCGCGAAGCUCAGGUUUCCCGUUGAGUUUCCCAAGGUCAGUGCUGGGAGGCCUGGGAGACGGUAA